CCCUCCCUCCGCGGCACUGCUGCUUCCAACAACAAGCAGAAGCCAGCAACAUGGCCGACCUAGGAAAGAAGUACUGCGUAAACUGCCUUGCAGACGUUACGAAUCUGCGGCUUCGCUGUACUGACUGUCCAGAUAUCGAACUUUGUCCGGAGUGCUUCUCCGCGGGUGCAGAAAUCGGUAAUCACCGGCGAUGGCACGGUUAUCAGCAAGUCGACGGCGGGCGCUUCACCCUCUGGGGUCCUGAAGCGGAGGGAGGAUGGACUAGCAGGGAAGAGCAGUCGCUCCUCGACGCGAUCGAGCAAUAUGGCUUUGGAAACUGGGAGGACAUGGCCACUCAUGUAGGAGCAUCUCGGACCCCCCAGGAUGUCAUGGACCACUACGUCGGCAUGUACAUCCAUGGCAACCUGGGAAAGGCCUGCGUCCCCGACAGCAUCCCCAACCGGGUGACUGAUCACACCUGCCCCAGCGGCGGCCCCCUGUCCCCCAGCCUCACCACCCCCCUGCCUCCCCUUGACGUGACCCUGGGCGAGCAGCAACAGCUGGGCUACAUGCCGCUCCGCGACGACUAUGAGAUGGAGUACGACCAGGAGGCGGAGAAGCUCAUCAGCGGCCUGUCGGUCAACUACGACGAUGAAGACGUGGAGAUCGAGAUGAAGCGCGCGCACGUGGACAUGUACGUGCGCAAGCUCCGCGAGCGCCAGCGCCGCAAAAAUGUGGCCCGCGACUACAACCUGGUGCCCGUCUUCCUAGGCCGCGACAAGAAGGAGAAGCAAAGCACGCUGGGAGUUGUAGGUGGUGGUGGUGGCGUCGUCGUCGGAGUGGUGGGGAGCCUUCCGACGCCAACCACCCCCGCGGUGACGCCGGGAGCUCCAGCCGUCCCGACGGUGCCGAAGCGUAAGAUCCCCAAGGAGGAGAAGGAGCAGCGGAUCAAGUUACGGGGGAUGUGCCAGUUCAUGGCUCAGCGGGAGUUUGAGGACUUGUUCCACAACAUGCACAAGGAGCGCGUGCUGCGCGCCAAAGUACGGGAGCUGCAGCGCUACCGCCGCAACGGCAUCGCACGACUGGACGAGGCGGCCGAGUACGAGGCGGCGAGGCACAAACGGGAGAAACGCAAGGAGAACAAGAGCGUAGCUACCUCGAAAACGGGCCGGGGCGGAGGGACAGGGGGAGGGCUUGGCGGAGGGACAGGGGGAGGGCUUGGCGGAGGGACAGGGGGAGGGCUUGGCGGAGGGACAGGGGGAGGGCUUGGCGGUGUUAUCAAAGAGGAGGGCGAGGAUGGCGAGUUUCCGGCCAUAGAGAACCUGGCGGGCUUUGAGCUGCUGUCAGACCGGGAGAAGGUGCUGUGCAAUUCACUUAACCUCAGCCCCACGCGCUACCUGACUGUCAAGACAAUCAUCAUCAAAGACCACCUGCAGAAGAGCCAGGGCAUUCCCUCCAAGAGCCGGCUGCCCAGCUACCUAGACAAGGUGCUCAAGAAACGCAUCCUCAGCUUCCUCACAGAGAGCGGCUGGAUAUCCCGGGACACGUCCUAACAAUCCAUUGGGUUUGGAGGGACUGGGAUACGUUCUAACAAUCCAUUGGGUUUGUAGGGACUGGGACACGUUCUAACAAUCCAUUGGGUUUGUAGGGACUGGGACACGUUCUAACAAUCCAUUGGGUUUGUGGGGACUGGGACACGUUCUAACAAUCCAUUGGGUUUGUGGGGACUGGGACAGGUCCUAACAAUCCAUUGGGUUUGUAGGGACUGGGACAGGUCCUAACAAUCCAUUGGGUUUGUAGGGACUGGGACAGGUCCUAACAAUCCAUUGGGUUUGUAGGGACUGGGACAGGUCCUAACAAUCCAUUGGGUUUGUAGGGACUGGGACAGGUCCUAACAAUGUGUAUGGAGUUUGUGGGGACUGGGACAGGUCCUAACAAUCCAUUGGGUUUGUAGGGACUGGGACAGGUCCUAACAAUGUGUAUGGAGUUUGUGGGGACUGGGACAGGUCCUAACAAUGUGUAUGGAGUUUGUGGGGACUAAGGAUUGCAGAGGGACAAUGACUCUUGUUCUCUGUUGGAUUGUUGAGUCUCUGUGUCUUGUUAUAAACAAUGUGAGAUGUGUCGUAAACUCCAGAUUGGACCAAGCUGAAUUUUACCACCUUUUGUCAAGUUCUGACCCAAUUCGUCGACCACCGGACUGUUUGUGAAUAUGUACAUUGCAAAAGAUUUCCUCUUUCUUAAAAAAAAGUUUGGAUACCAUUUACUGGAGAACGUGGAACAAAUAUAUAUUUUUGUAUUUGCAUCCAUAUGAAUGAUAAUGUAUAGGUAGAUGAUACAUUCUCUUUAUUGCAGUGAAGGAUCACCUAAUACUACUGGGCAAACCAGACAACACUGGUUUUCAAAGCGGUUCUCAAAGUAUAAAUAGUUGGUCCCAGAUCAGUUGGUGCCAUCUUGCCGACUCUUAUGGUCAUUGGCAAGACGAUACAAACAGAUCUGGGACCAGGCUAGCUUCCUUUUAGGUUAGGAUGUUGUCUUGGAGAGCACAGGUUAGUGCCUAUUCAAACAGCAAUACAGCCGCACUGUGUUGGAAAGCAGCGGUUAUCAUCAUCAUUCUUACCAUGAAGAGAUGUGGCCUGCUAAGCAUAGAGGGGUCAGUAUUUGGCAGCUAACGCUUUCAUAAAGCACUGCGGUAAUCCCCAUUAUGACGCUGUAGCUUUGUGGUGUUGUCAGGCUCAGAAUGUGGCACUGAGGGGAGUAGAUGAGCCUAACUCCUCCAUACUAUUCUGUUCCACACGUUGCACGUUUUCUGAUUCUAGUAGGCGGUUCACUCUACUCGACUUCGAAAGAAAAUAAAAAGCUUUAAAUAUCGGCAUUAACCAAUGACAUGCGAUCCUAAAGCACAAAUCAAAAAUGUUGCAUAUCUAUUUGUUUCACCCCCGGUUAAGUUUGCCUGCCCCUUGUUUGGAGGGGCGUUGCGGGGUUAACGGUGUGUCGUCCUGCCAGACUGGUUUUAGCCUUUGCCUACCCCUUGUUUGGAGGGGCGUUGUGGGGUUAACGGUGUGUCGUCCUGCCAGACUGGUUUUAGCCUUUGCCUACCUCUUGUUUGGAGGGGCGUUGUGGGGUUAACGGUGUGUCGUCCUGCCAGACUGGUUUUAGCCUUUGCCUACCUCUUGUUUGGAGGGGCGUUGCGGGGUUAACGGUGUGUCGUCCUGCCAGACUGGUUUUAGCCUUUGCCUACCCCUUGUUUGGAGGGGCGUUGUGGGGUUAACGGUGUGUCGUCCUGCCAGACUGGUUUUAGCCUCUUCAUGAAUACGCGCUGCAUGAUUAUUGUAUUGUGACUCGUUGCUCGCUGUUUAGUUUGCUACUGUUCCAUCUAUUCAAAGGGAGUUAAGUCAUCGUAAAAAAAAUUGAUAUACCUGCUACAUUUGCUUCAUCUAUCUUCCCGGUUCAGUGUUUUACAGUAACAUCGUUCAAUUAAGGCUAGUGCAGUGGUUCUCAAAGUAGGGGUUGUGAAACCGAAUGGGGACAAUACCUGUUGUUGUUGAUGUUUAGAACCACUGGGUUAGUGUUCACAUAUGGCCUUGCAAGAACACUAUCAAAGGGCAGAAAUAUUCUGGUAGAAGAGAAAAAGGACGACUGCCACAGUUGGUUUUAGACCUGGUUUUCCAUUUAUGUGAAAUGUGUUUGUUCCAAGCACGGGUGCUUUAAAAUGUCCCGUGGCACCUUCUCCCUCCGAUGUCCAGUUAGCCUGUUUAAAACGGAGGUGAACUUCAGUAGAGAUGUGGGGUGGGUUGUAUAGAAACAGUAUUACAUUAGACACUGUGAAAUAAUGUUGUGACUGCAUUCGUAUAGGCCUUAAUAUUAGCAUUCCAUCGUAGUACAUUUACCAUACCACAGAGGAAAUAAAUAUGUUCUAUUUUUCUUCCCCAUAAGCCUCUGAGUUUACGGACACUGACAAGGCCCCUUGGUUCUCCCAUCAUCUACUUGAAGAUUUUUAUUUUUGUCCCAACAACUGGCGUAGUUCACAAUCAAAGACUACACAUCUCCUUAUCUGGUUUAAGGCGAACACAACUGUUCAAGGGUGUUAGUAUGUUCUGUAUUAAAAAUGAAAAUCAUUUAUACUG